AUGGAACACAAACAAGAUACAGAUCUUGUAGCAAUCCUUAUCCUGCACACGGAGGUGCUUAUUGUUCAGGAUCAUCUUCAUAUAGUCAAAGCUGCAACACCCAUAGCUGUCCAGAUACUGUUAGAAAGAUAUUGUGAUUUAUUGACCCGAACAUCCUAUUCAGUGAACGGAGCCGUCGAUCCGGAGACUCCUAAAAAAGCCACCACCGCUGUGGCUCAGACAUUGACUUGUGAUAUCGGAGAUGUGGUUACAGAUGUCAUUGUGUCGUGGAAGGAUCAUGCUGGGGCUGCUAUAACAAGUGGUAGUGGAGGGUACACCAUCGCACAGGGAUCAGCUGACUCUGGUACCAAAAUUCAGACAUCAACUCUGACCAUUGAUGUUGCCACUCUUACAAGUGUAGCUGUAGCUGGAAAUCCCGCGACAUACAAAUGUGCUGCGGAAUAUGUACAAUAUUCGAAUUCAGCAACAUCUACUUUCAAAGACAUUGUUGUCGACUUCCUUACUUUCGAUGUACAAGCUAAGGGUAACGAAGUGCUGAAAGACACAGAAGCUACAAUAUCUUGUGUAGUAAAAGGUUUGAGUCAGCAGCUGGAGGCGGUAACAUGGAAGAAACCUUCGAGUGAAGCUAUAACUGCGAGUGCUGGCAGCUAUGCUAUUGACGUUGGAACUUACCUUCCUGACACCAACGAUCAAACUACAAUUCUGACCGUACCUGCUGUUGAAAACACGGCUGAUGCUGUUUUCACCUGUGUCAUUACAUCUGACGAGCAUGCAAAAACUGAUGAAGAGACUGCUGUCAACUCGAACGUUUUCACCGUCGUUCCGGAGACUCCUAAAAAAGCCACCACCGCUGUGGCUCAGACAUUGACUUGUGAUAUCGGAGAUGUGGAUACAAGUGUCACAGUGUCGUGGAAGGAUCAUGCUGGGGCUGCUAUAACAAGUGGUAGUGGAGGGUACAUCAUCGCACAGGGAGCAGCUGACCCUAGUACCAAGAUUCAGAAAUCAACUCUGACCAUUGAUGCUGCCACUCUUCCAAGUGUAGCUGAAGCAGGAAAUCCCGCGACAUACACAUGUGCUGCGCAAUCUGCAGAAUAUUCGGAUUCAGCAACAUCUACUUUCAAAGACAUUGUUGUCAACUUCCUUACUUUCGAUGUACAAGCUAAGGGUAGCGAAGUGCUGAAAGACACAGAAGCUACAAUAUCUUGUGUAGUAAAAGGUUUGAGUCAGCAGCUGGAGGCGGUAACAUGGAAGAAACCUUCGGGUGAAGCUAUAACUGCGAGUGCUGGCAGCUAUGCUAUUGACGUUGGAACUUACCUUCCUGACACCAACGAUCAAACUACAAUUCUGACCGUACCUGCUGUUGAAAACACGGCUGAUGCUGUUUUCACCUGUGUCAUUACAUCUGACGAGCAUGCAAAAACUGAUGAAGAGACUGCUGUCAACUCGAACGUUUUCACCGUCGUUCCGGAGACUCCUAAAAAAGCCACCACCGCUGUGGCUCAGACAUUGACUUGUGAUAUCGGAGAUGUGGAUACAAGUGUCACUGUGUCGUGGAAGGAUCAUGCUGGGGCUGCUAUAACAAGUGGUAGUGGAGGGUGCAUCAUCGCACAGGGAGCAGCUGACCCUAGUACCAAGAUUCAGAAAUCAACUCUGACCAUUGAUGCUGCCACUCUUCCAAGUGUAGCUGAAGCAGGAAAUCCCGCGACAUACACAUGUGCUGCGCAAUCUGCAGAAUAUUCGGAUUCAGCAACAUCUACUUUCAAAGACAUUGUUGUCAACUUCCUUACUUUCGAUGUACAAGCUAAGGGUAGCGAAGUGCUGAAAGACACAGAAGCUACAAUAUCUUGUGUAGUAAAAGGUUUGAGUCAGCAGCUGGAGGCGGUAACAUGGAAGAAACCUUCGGGUGAAGCUAUAACUGCGAGUGCUGGCAGCUAUGCUAUUGACAAUGGAACUUACCUUCCUGACACCAACGAUCAAACUACAAUUCUGACCGUACCUGCUGUUGAAAACACGGCUGAUGCUGUUUUCACCUGUGUCAUUACAUCUGACGAGCAUGCAAAAACUGAAGAAGAGACUGCUGUCAACUCGAACGUUUUCACCGUCGUUCCGGAGACUCCUAAAAAAGCCACCACCGCUGUGGCUCAGACAUUGACUUGUGAUAUCGGAGAUGUGGAUACAAGUGUCACUGUGUCGUGGAAGGAUCAUGCUGGGGCUGCUAUAACAAGUGGUAGUGGAGGGUACAUCAUCGCACAGGGAGCAGCUGACCCUAGUACCAAGAUUCAGAUAUCAACUCUGACCAUUGAUGCGGCCACUCUUCCAAGUGUAGCUGAAGCAGGAAAUCCCGCGACAUACACAUGUGCUGCGCAAUCUGCAGAAUAUUCGGAUUCAGCAACAUCUACUUUCAAAGACAUUGUUGUCAACUUCCUUACUUUCGAUGUACAAGCUAAGGGUAGCGAAGUGCUGAAAGACACAGAAGCUACAAUAUCUUGUGUAGUAAAAGGUUUGAGUCAGCAGCUGGAGGCAGUAACAUGGAAGAAACCUUCGGGUGAAGCUAUAACUGCGAGUGCUGGCAGCUAUGCUAUUGACGUUGGAACUUACCUUCCUGACACCAACGAUCAAACUACAAUUCUGACCGUACCCGCUGUUGAAAACACGGCUGAUGCUGUUUUCACCUGUUUCAUUACAUCUGACGAGCAUGCAAAAACUGAAGAAGAGACUGCUGUCAACUCGAACGUUUUCACCGUCGUUCCGGAGACUCCUAAAAAAGCCACCACCGCUGUGGCUCAGACAUUGACUUGUGAUAUCGGAGAUGUGGAUACAAGUGUCACAGUGUUGUGGAAGGAUCAUGCUGGGGCUGCUAUAACAAGUGGUAGUGGAGGGUACAUCAUCGCACAGGGAGCAGCUGACCCUAGUACCAAGAUUCAGAAAUCAACUCUGACCAUUGAUGCUGCCACUCUUCCAAGUGUAGCUGAAGCAGGAAAUCCCGCGACAUACACAUGUGCUGCGCAAUCUGCAGAAUAUUCGGAUUCAGCAACAUCUACUUUCAAAGACAUUGUUGUCAACUUCCUUACUUUCGAUGUACAAGCUAAGGGUAGCGAAGUGCUGAAAGACACAGAAGCUACAAUAUCUUGUGUAGUAAAAGGUUUGAGUCAGCAGCUGGAGGCGGUAACAUGGAAGAAACCUUUGGGUGAAGCUAUAAUUACUGCGAGUGCUGGCAGCUAUGCUAUUGACGUUGGAACUUACCUUCCUGACACCAACGAUCAAACUACAAUUCUGACCGUACCUGCUGUUGAAAACACGGCUGAUGCUGUUUUCACCUGUGUCAUUACAUCUGACGAGCAUGCAAAAACUGAUGAAGAGACUGCUGUCAACUCGAACGUUUUCACCGUCGUUCCGGAGACUCCUAAAAAAGCCACCACCGCUGUGGCUCAGACAUUGACUUGUGAUAUCGGAGAUGUGGAUACAAGUGUCACUGUGUCGUGGAAGGAUCAUGCUGGGGCUGCUAUAACAAGUGGUAGUGGAGGGUACAUCAUCGCACAGGGAGCAGCUGACCCUAGUACCAAGAUUCAGAAAUCAACUCUGACCAUUGAUGCUGCCACUCUUCCAAGUGUAGCUGAAGCAGGAAAUCCCGCGACAUACACAUGUGCUGCGCAAUCUGCAGAAUAUUCGGAUUCAGCAACAUCUACUUUCAAAGACAUUGUUGUCAACUUCCUUACUUUCGAUGUACAAGCUAAGGGUAGCGAAGUGCUGAAAGACACAGAAGCUACAAUAUCUUGUGUAGUAAAAGGUUUGAGUCAGCAGCUGGAGGCGGUAACAUGGAAGAAACCUUCGGGUGAAGCUAUAACUGCGAGUGCUGGCAGCUAUGCUAUUGACGUUGGAACUUACCUUCCUGACACCAACGAUCAAACUACAAUUCUGACCGUACCCGCUGUUGAAAACACGGCUGAUGCUGUUUUCACCUGUGUCAUUACAUCUGACGAGCAUGCAAAAACUGAUGAAGAGACUGCUGUCAACUCGAACGUUUUCACCGUCGUUCCGGAGACUCCUAAAAAAGCCACCAGCGCUGUGGCUCAGACAUUGACUUGUGAUAUCGGAGAUGUGGAUACAAGUGUCACUGUGUCGUGGAAGGAUCAUGCUGGGGCUGCUAUAACAAGUGGUAGUGGAGGGUACAUCAUCGCACAGGGAGCAGCUGACCCUAGUACCAAGAUUCAGAAAUCAACUCUGACCAUUGAUGCUGCCACUCUUCCAAGUGUAGCUGAAGCAGGAAAUCCCGCGACAUACACAUGUGCUGCGCAAUCUGCAGAAUAUUCGGAUUCAGCAACAUCUACUUUCAAAGACAUUGUUGUCAACUUCCUUACUUUUGAUGUACAAGCUAAGGGUAGCGAAGUGCUGAAAGACACAGAAGCUACAAUAUCUUGUGUAGUAAAAGGUUUGAGUCAGCAGCUGGAGGUGGUAACAUGGAAGAAACCUUCGGGUGAAGCUAUAACUGCGAGUGCUGGCAGCUAUGCUAUUGACGUUGGAACUUACCUUCCUGACACCAACGAUCAAACUACAAUUCUGACCGUACCUGCUGUUGAAAACACGGCUGAUGCUGUUUUCACCUGUGUCAUUACAUCUGACGAGCAUGCAAAAACUGAUGAAGAGACUGCUGUCAACUCGAACGUUUUCACCGUCGUUCCGGAGACUCCUAAAAAAGCCACCACCGCUGUGGCUCAGACAUUGACUUGUGAUAUCGGAGAUGUGGAUACAAGUGUCACUGUGUCGUGGAAGGAUCAUGCUGGGGCUGCUAUAACAAGUGGUAGUGGAGGGUACAUCAUCGCACAGGGAGCAGCUGACCCUAGUACCAAGAUUCAGAAAUCAACUCUGACCAUUGAUGCUGCCACUCUUCCAAGUGUAGCUGAAGCAGGAAAUCCCGCGACAUACACAUGUGCUGCGCAAUCUGCAGAAUAUUCGGAUUCAGCAACAUCUACUUUCAAAGACAUUGUUGUCAACUUCCUUACUUUCGAUGUACAAGCUAAGGGUAGCGAAGUUCUGAAAGACACAGAAGCUAUAAUAUCUUGUGUAGUAAAAGGUUUGAGUCAGCAGCUGGAGGUGGUAACAUGGAAGAAACCUUCGGGUGAAGCUAUAACUGCGAGUGCUGGCAGCUAUGCUAUUGACGUUGGAACUUACCUUCCUGACACCAACGAUCAAACUACAAUUCUGACCGUACCUGCUGUUGAAAACACGGCUGAUGCUGUUUUCACCUGUGUCAUUACAUCUGACGAGCAUGCAAAAACUGAUGAAGAGACUGCUGUCAACUCGAACGUUUUCACCGUCGUUCCGGAGACUCCUAAAAAAGCCACCACCGCUGUGGCUCAGACAUUGACUUGUGAUAUCGGAGCUGUGGAUACAAGUGUCACUGUGUCGUGGAAGGAUCAUGCUGGGGCUGCUAUAACAAGUGGUAGUGGAGGGUACAUCAUCGCACAGGGAGCAGCUGACCCUAGUACCAAGAUUCAGAAAUCAACUCUGACCAUUGAUGCUGCCACUCUUCCAAGUGUAGCUGAAGCAGGAAAUCCCGCGACAUACACAUGUGCUGCGCAAUCUGCAGAAUAUUCGGAUUCAGCAACAUCUACUUUCAAAGACAUUGUUGUCAACUUUCUUACUUUCGAUGUACAAGCUAAGGGUAGCGAAGUGCUGAUAAACACAGAAGCUACAAUAUCUUGUGUAGUAAGUGGUUUGAGUCAGCAGCUGGAGGCGGUAACAUGGAAGAAACCUUCGGGUGAAGCUAUAACUGCGAGUGCUGGCAGCUAUGCUAUUGAGCUUGGAACUUACGAUCAUACCACCAACAUUCAAACUACAAUUCUGACCGUACCUGCUGAUGAAAACACGGUUGAUGCUGUUUUCACCUGUGUCAUUACAUCUGACGAGCAUGCAAAAACAUCAGAAAAGACUGAUGUCAACUCAAACGUUUUCACUGUAGCGUCAGUGACUAAGUCAGUCAUUACUAGUAAGGAUCAGACAUUGACCUGUACAGUUGGAGAACUAGACGUAGGUGGAACCCCUGUUAAUGUAGUCUGGAAGGCUCCUGAUGGUACGACUGUAUCUGUCUCGGAUAUUACGAACUACUAUGUCAGCAACGGUGCAGUUGAUGGAACCGGCAUACAGGUGGCAGAACUCACCAUCAAGGCUACCAAGCUUGCUGAUUUUGUUAACCAGUCAACAUUCACAUACAAGUGCUCGGUAACAUCAACACAGUACCCAAACUCACCUGUAUCUACCCACGGAGUUGUGGUCAACGUUCUAGCACCUUGUAGCAUGCCCUUUAUCGAACAAGGCAUCAUAUCUCCAUAUUCGACGAUUGAUUCAGGCUCAACAUACGAAAUAAGGUGCGACAGCGGGUUUGUCAUAAUUGGACCGUCCUCGAUGGUGUGCACUAACGGUACCUUAUCUGAAUCCCCAUCUUGUCCACCAGUGGCUACCGUCACUUGUGAUGAAUACGGAAUAAAGUUGUUCGUUACCGAGAAAAUCAGUUUUGAUACAAUAUUGCUCAACGACAAAGAUUGUGAGUUUAAGGGAGACUCUCAAGAAAUCAGAACAGAUUUAGACAAAUGCGGUACGACGGUAUCUUAUAAUAACAGUCAUGUCAUUUACAAAAACCAAAUGACAGGAAUUUCCAGCAAAAUUGAUUACAGUAACGGUAUAACCAGAGGAGGAGAACUUAAGAUAGCAUUUGAGUGCUCAUUCAAUAGAACAGGUGCUACCGAGUAUGCAUCUUGGGAGGUAAAGGGUGCAGCCAUUGUGGAAAGAGUGACGGGUGAAGGUUCGCUACGUUUCCUUCUAGAUAUCUACGAGGACGCAACAUAUGCCAACAAAGUGGUCAACUUUCCAUUUCAGUUAACCCUUAAUGCUAACAUCAACAUGCAGGUCACGCUGGAUUCAUUAGAUCCAGACCAGUCUCUGGGUGUGGUUCGAAUACAGGCAAAGGACAGUGAAACCGAGGAGGAUAGAAACUUGUCCUACGACUUGGUGAAGGAAGGGUGCAUCGUUGACUCCACCUUCAAGUUUAUUGAAACAGACUCGAAUUUACAGCCUCUUUCCGACCCCAAAUCUAAACGAUUUAUUUUUAAAGCUUUUAGCUUUUUGGACAGCCAGACUCCGAUUUACAUUCACGCUGUUAUAAAAGUCUGUAGUCUUUCGGAUAACAGUUUUGGCUGUACAGACUUGUGCACAAAAAGCAGACGGAAGAGAUUCGUUGAAGUAUCAAGUGAUCUGAACGGUGAACAGUUCCAUAUUUUCCAAGGACCGAUAGUGCCUAGUCACCCCGUUGAAAUCAGAGUUCCGAUGACAUUUACCGAAACCUUUGUUGAAGAUCAGAAGUUAAACAAUGGUGAGGAACUGAAUUUAGAUGUACAUGUGAUUGCUAAGCCGGUUCCAGAGAGAGUAACUUGGAAGCUUGAUGACACUGACCUUGUGGAUAAUAAGGCCACUAUAUUCAUCGAGGAAUCUUUUGACCCAGCAACCUACAUCACAACGUACACACUGAAACUUGUAGACCUUAAAGUGGAACAAUCAGGAGUUAUAACCGUAGAGCUGUCUCGUGAACUGAACGAAACUUUAUCUCAUUCUAUGACUCUCACUGUACUGGAUGAGCCGGUUUUGGGAUUUGGUGUAAAAUUAGGACCUCGAAUUUUGACCUUCCUCCUCCUGAUGCAGGUUCUGCUGUAGGUUUGUCAAGAUGACUAUAUCGUGAACUAAGCUAACGUUAUAGCUAUCGUAGAUAGACUAAUGGUUAUGAACUAAAGAGAGCUGUUUAUUGGGAAAUAUUUAGAUAAUAUUCAAAUAAUCGCAGAAAGUCAGGUGAUUUUCUUUAGGUUAACAACAAUUGUGAUUUAUAUCAUAGUUUAAACAUUAUAUAAUGAUAUAGUAUUUUAACAGAUAUAAGUAAAGUUAAACUAAAACGAGAUUUUAUAGAUUUUUUUGAUGUGGUGUAUGUUAAAAAAAAUUUCUGAUUUCGCUC